AUGCGUGUACGUUUUCACCGUUCGAUUCAUCGCGCCACACGGCUAAUUCCGAUCGCACCGGAUGCAAUCAGCGACGAGUUUGCAGAGGUCAAGGCUGUCAAGCUCCUCCGCCGUGGCCGACGCCUCCAACAAGUCGAGGCCGUCUAUGGUCAGUCCUCCGGCGAUGAAAACUCCAUCCACACCGUGACGCCCCCUCGGAGCGUCAUUCCUCGAUUGAGGCCGGAAUUUUUCAGCUCCCCCUUCUUCCGCAGAUUUCAUAUCCAACGUAAGCACCCGCUCCUCCUCUAUCUCCUGCCCCCAACGCCGAUCUCCCCUAAAGGGCCCAUCCUCGAGCCCUUGGAAUUCUGCAACAGGUACUACGAGUUCUGCAAGGGGAACAGAGAUGUUCUGCAGGCACCCGGCCAGCUCAUCGCCCUGAUCCUCGUGGUCUGGGCGACCAGCUUCGGCGUCAACGAGUUUGGCGUCGAAGAGCUCUACGACGGCCAGCUCAACUUGCGACGGUGGAGAGACCGCGUGAAUGAAAUGGUCCAGGAAAUCCUCUAUCUCAUCGACAUCCACAGCGUCCUGCGAAAACCAUCCUGGGACGGUGUGCGAGCUCUUUUGCUCGUCCUGCCACUCACACAAGAGGUCCAGUCGCCCAUAGAACGAGCGGCUAUGUAUGAGGCGGCUAUCAACCAGGUCUACACUUUAUGCAGCCUAGCCUCCGUCUCAUCCGUUGAGAGCGGCCAGGGGGAGUAUGUGGACUCUCUUGUCCGCGCACGAAUCUUCUGGUACGCGUAUGCCAUCGAUGGUGUCACCAGUGGUCUCCGAGGAGGCCGCAUCUUGUUGACGAAUGAAGACUUGGCCGCCUUUGAGCGCACCCUGCCACCUCUGGGCGACAACUCUGGAACGUCGGCAACGUACGCCUUUUCCUAUCGCUAUGCGACGGUUCCCAUCCGUAUCGCGUCGGUAUGCCGAGACAUCCAUGCUGUAUUGACGGGUCCCAAGGCUCGGCAAAGCCACGAGCUCGACGAAGACAAACUUCACGACGCAUGGGAAACUCUUGACCAAUGCUGGAAGAGCUUCGAUGGCCUACGGCAGUACGGCACGGACGGCUUUGUUCAAGUCGAGGACGUCGAGCGCUACAUUGAUGGCUGGCAGAUAUUCAUCUUCGAAUGCCAUAAUGUGAUACGUGAAGCGCUCAAACAACGCCUCGUUUCUCGGCCGGCGCCGGAGGGUUCCUACCUACCCGAUGCGCAUGCUUCGAAUCGCAGCCGUCAAUACGAGUCUAUCGUCCGAUUACACUCAGAGGCCAGCCUAAAGUGCCAGACUGUCGUCCGCAGCAUCGUCACCAUCCUCCGGCGCAACCUGAGCACACAUUUUUUCCAGUUCGAUGCUGCUCUCAUCCGAGACGGCUGUUUCUUUGCAGGCUUCCUGCUGGCGGGAGAGUCCGGCAGCACAGAGGACACGGAGACGUGUCUGCAAGCCCUGCGAGAAAUGCGCUGGGCAUUCGGCAAGAGCGACGAACGGGAACAGACGGUACGGAUGAUCUGGGAGUCCAGGAUGACACAACCUCGUAGCCGUAGCUUUAACAACAGUCCCACGGACGAUCUGCUGCAUGCAUCACUCGUUGACCACCCGUACAUCAGACGACCACUCGGGCGGCCAAUCAGCGUACCGCCCCUGUCCCUUUCUCUGUGUACCAUUCCCGCCGGCCUCGCAUCGGCCUCUGCCCCGAGCACUGCAUGUUCCUCGAGCACAGACUGGCCCACCAGCACACCACCCAGCAGCUCGGGGGCCGGCAUGUACGAAGCAUCGCAUCGGGGUUCACCGCUGUCGCCGUUUACGCACUCGCCACAUUCCGGCUUCAACCAUCUCCAAGGUAAAAGUGCCCUCGUUACACCUUCGCUCCUUCUGGAUGGCCCGGGCCAUUCAGGGCGUCCGUGUGAACCGUCGGCGAUGGACCCAGUGUUCUACUUCAACUACGGCGUGGGAGAGGCUGCAAGCGCCCCACAUGUUCCUCACCAAUCUACCAUCCUCUCGGCUCCGGGGGCCUCUGAUUAUGCCUCUUCGCAGUUCUUCGAUACAAGCACCGUCGUUCUGUCAAACUCGCCCAUGGGUCAGCAGAACGCGUGCACAGGCACCGUGACGCCGUCGUCCGCGGUCAGUGGCGAUGGCCGCCAGUAUGGAGACAGCUCGUUCUAUCAAUAG